GUCUGUACCACAUUGGGUGCAUCCAUGAUUGGGUGACGUUAGCUCCUUAGUUAGCAUCUUUGUAAAAAAUAGCCUCCAGAUUAAUAAAAGUAAUGUUUCUGACGUUAUAGUUACAAUCGAGAAUCUCACAAGCACUAUAGUGACAUUUAGAACCUCCUCAAACAACGACUAUUUUGUGACGUGAUGGUUUAAUCUCACGUGUUUACAGCGAGUUUAGCCAUGUACACAGAGCUCAACAGCAUCCUGAACACCAGCCCCGACAGCUUCACACAGGGAGAAUUCCUCUUGGUGUCAGACAGACGGAGUGAUGCAUCUUUCCUCAUUCACCACUUUCUAUCCUUUUACCUGCGAGCACGAUGCAAGGUGUGUUUCCUGGGCCUGGUUCAGUCCUUCAGCCACUACAGUGCAGUCAGUCAGAGACUGGGUGUAAGUCUGGCACAAGCGAAGGAGAAAGGUCAACUGGUGUUUCUUGAGGGACUAAACGAGUCAUUGUCUGUUUUGAUUUCACAAGAAGAACAUACAGGAAGUCAAGCCAUGGACUUUCUCAGAGAUCCAACAGUCGGCCUGCGGAGUUUGUAUGAGUUUGUCCAGUCCAGUGUAAGAAGUUCUGGCAGUGAGGAGGGCGGGUCAGAGGAGUGGGGACCCCCGGUGUUGCUGGUAGACGACCUCAGUGUGCUGCUGAGUCUGGGGGUGAGCGUUGGAGCUGUGUUGGACUUCAGCCACUACUGCCGAGCCACAGUUUGCUCCAAACUACAGGGGAACAUGGUGAUGCUGGCACGCUGCAAUGGGGAAGAAGAUGAGGACGAGGGAGACGACGAAGGCUCAGAACGGCUCCUGAAGGGACUUACCCACCAAUGUAGUCUCACACUUAAUGUACAGGGUCUCCCAACGGGAUAUUGCAGGGACAUCCACGGCCAGGUGGAGGUGUGUUGGAGGAGGAGACAAGGUGAAGGACAGAACACGCAGAAGAAACUCUUUCAGUACAAGGUCCAUGACAAAGGAGCAUCCUUUUUUGCUCGAGGGACGUCCAGUGCUGUUCUUUAGUCCUGUGUGGUGGUAGGACAUGUUGAUCCUGCCAACUGACCUACAACUGUCCUCUUCUCCUGUAAAUGAUUCAAAUACAAGACAUGGAAAACAAAAUGGCAGCUGGGUUGGAUCAGCAGCGGUCUAUGGACAAGAGAGUCAUGCUUCUGUGUUUGUUCUAUCAGUUAUUUGUUUUAAUAUUGUGCCUGAUCUGUGUACAUAUA